UGUAACACAUAGAUUAUUCCUAUUUGUAAGUUGUCAAAUAAUGUCAACUACAGAUAAUCCUCCAAGAGGUAGAAAGGCAAUUGCCAAAUCUAUAUCGAGUCAAAAAUUAACUACUACUAAAUGGGCAGAUGUACCUGAAAAAGUUAAAACAUUUGGUAAUACCACAUUAAGUACAAUUAUUUCAGGUCAUUUAACUCAAGAACAAGCAGAUGCUUAUCAAGAAUAUUUUAGAAUUGAAGAAAUAUCAGAUAUUCUUAAGAAAUCUCAUGAAUCUCAUGAACCAGUUCUUAGCUUUUUAAGUUCAAAUGAUGAAACAAGAAAUCCAAAUUACGAAAGAGAUCCAUCACCACCUCCAAAAUUUGAUAAAGAAGGUAAAAGAAUUAAUACAAGAGAACAAAGAACUAAAAUUUCUCUUGAAAAGGAAAGGCAUUAUUUGGUUGAAAUUGCUGCUGGUAGUAUUAAACAUUAUGUUGCUCCUCAAGGUUAUGUAAAACCAACAAAAACUUUUGAAAAGUUGUAUAUUCCAGUAAAAGAUUAUCCAGAAAUUAAUUUUGUCGGUCUUUUACUUGGUCCAAGAGGUAAAACUUUAAGAACCUUACAAGAAGAUAGUGGUGCUAGAUUACAAAUUAGAGGUAAAGGUUCAGUUAAAUCAGGUAAAUCAUCUAAUCCAGGUGAAGAUGAAGGUCUGGCUGAAGAUGAAUUACAUGUUCUCAUUACUUCUGAUACUCAACUGAAAAUUGCAAAGGCUAUAAAAUUAACUAAUGAAGUACUCGAUAAAGCAAUUUCUUCUCCAAUCGGUCAAAAUGAUUUAAAGAGAGAUCAAUUAAGAGAAUUGGCUGUAUUGAAUGGUACUUUAAGAGAAACUAAGAUUCCCGAACAAACCAAUACUACUAGACCAAGAAGAAAUAUCGAUAACUCUCAACUUAUUUGUAAGAUUUGUCAAAGACCAGGUCAUCUUUCAAAAGAUUGUAUAUCUGGUCCUCCAAAAGAAUAUCAUCCAGAAAUAAUUCCUCCAAAGAAACGUCCUAGUGAAUCUAGAGCACAUCAAGAUGUGAUUCCUCCCUUUAAGAGAACAAAGGCUGCUCCACCUCCACCUCCUCCACCUUCUAAAGUUGCUCCUCCUCCUCCUCCACCACCACCACCAACUGCCACUAAACCAUCUUAUGCUCGUGAUCCACCACCUCCACCACCACCACCAACUGCCACUAAACCGUCUUAUAGUGUAGGUGCUCAAUCAACUCCUCCACCACCUCCACCACCUCCAUCACUGGCUUAAGAUAUCAUAGUGUAUAUUGCUAAUUUGUAUAUUACUGGUUUGUUUUCUCUUUCUAAAUUAUUCUGCUAGACCCAAUGCUUUAUUAUAUAGUGAAAUUAAUUUAUAAAGAAAAAUAUAUAUAACAAAAUUGGAAGAAAAAUAUCAUGUCUGUUUAAAGAAAAAAUAAUUGUUCC